AUGUCCGCCCCCGGACCACAGCCACCCUCGGAAAUCACUGCCGAAUGGACAGUUCAUGCACAACUCACGCUUUCCUCAAUUGCUCCCGCUACAUUCAUUUCGACAAACAACAGCAGACUCCCUUCGGAUGUUCCUCCGACUUCAACAGCCGAAGGAUGCAGCGAGGGCCAAGCAUCAACUUCAGAAUACAACAUUUCCCCUCCGGGUGCUCAGGAAGCUGGGGUCGAUUUGAAUGUUACCGCUCCGCAAAAUUUUAUCAUCUCGCCUACUCCUACCCCACCAGCUUCCUCGUCCAGCGCAGUUGGGAGUCCAGUAAAAGUUGUUUAUAAAUUUAGCACGACUGACCAUCCCUUGCAGCAGAAACAGACCAGCAUGUGCUCUGCUGUACCGGUUGGUGGUAAGAGUAGCGUUAUUUUUAACACCGAUCCAUCAUCACCUUCCACACCGGUCACGCUCGCUAAGACUCCAACUGGCGUAGGACCUCCACCACCGUGUUCAGAAAAUGCGGUUCAACUGUUUCCCAAGUGUACCAGCACCUGCAGCAUCGUUCUGACUGCCUGUACUGAUCUUGUACCGACGACCGACACACUGCCUAUCACAGUCAACAAGUGCGAAUCUACCAACAACAUUGUAGUAGACAAAUGUACCAAUUUUCCCGAAAAGUCUGCCAGCAAUUCCAAAGAUGUGAGUUGCCAAACGAGUGACUGGGAGACAAACAAGAAAGAGGAUAAGAAUGGCGCUACGGGGUUUGUCAAGCACCAAGGGGUGACCCAAAAAACUACCACUGAUGGGUGUCUUCUUUCGCCGCCUCCGAGGAGACGUGAAGAUAGGUUAGAUUCGCAUGUUCUCAAAUCGAUCUCCCCGCUCAUCGAUUCACUUGUCUCACCAAGUAAUACGAUACGAUCCCAGCAAUCAAGCGUGCGGGAUACUUCGGUGACCAAAAAGAAACCACGCACGGUACAUAUUGACGUGUACUGCACCGGUUCAGACGCGGAAUCUGAAUCCGAUUGUGGUUCGUGCUGUUCCUUCAACGAGGGAACUAAAUCGCUAUCAUCGUCAGGGGCGCCGUCAGCUGCUUCGUCCAAUUCGUCUGUCUCAUCCGGCAGCCGGUUUGACACAAGCCACAUGAUGGAACUGAAGGCGGCGGCAUACUCAAACAUCGACCCAUCGCAUCCUACCGUGUAUGAGUCGGAAGAGAUAAGGGUGCGUCACAAGCGUGCCGGAAAGCAUGAAGUGCCCAGGCGUUUGAUGCAGCAAACUAUCGAUCAAAACACGCUUUCUACCAUCGGCAGUCUGAAGCGAAUUGGCUCUGCACGGCAUGGGCGCUCCAGGAGAAACACAGCGACCGACGAGAUUAGUGAAUCAAAAAAAAUCCUUUUCAGCAAGCAUCUAGGUGAAGUGCCUCAGCAACAGAACGAGGAGCAUAUCCAUGGUGCAUUUAGUACAUACUUUCGACGGGAUAUAAGCGACGAUGCAAUCAGCUCCAAUUAUGCCCUCUCCGCUGAUAGAUCAACACGUCGGGACGUUACCGGGAGUAGUCUCUCAAGUGCAUUUGCCUGUGGUGGGUUCUACGAGGACAAAGAGGAUAGUGAAAUGCAUAGCAAGCUGAACCGUAGUGGUACCACCGCCACCCAGUCGGAUAGUUUUGAAUACGACAAUAGUGAGGAUCGGUAUCGUAUCCACGAAAUGGAACGGGUUUGGAAGCAGCAUCACUGGAAAUCACCAUCGUUAGAAAGGAAACUCCUUCAAAUACAAAAUUCUAAGUUACCAUCGUCAUCUUGCCAUAGUCCGGAAUCAGAGCACAAUCUUACUGAGUCGGAUCACAGCUUCGUGUAUGAUGAGGCACCACAUCCGAACGCCUCCAAUCCGUCCCUGAACGAGUACAGUGACUCAAGUCCUUCAACAGUAAAGAGCGCUUCCCAACGGGCGUCGGAAAAGCCGAACCAGUCAAUUCUGUUACAGCAACAAGCCGUUCUUGCUGCAACGCUGCAAUAUAAACGAGAGUUUUCCCCAGUAGAAGGUUACACCAAUGAGUACCUGGCGAUUGCAAGGCGCUUCGGCAGUCUCAUUACGAGUCGCCGCAAACCCGGCACUCACAUGGGACCGGUUCGUAACCCCGAGUGUCCCUGUGAGCACUGCCGGCGUUGGGUACUGGAGCGUGACUCGGGUGGUAGCGUUAGUGUCUUGCGUGAACGUGCACUUUCUAUGGACGGUACAAGCGCACCAAACGGUAUCGUCGAUAUGCGUCGACAGUUUCACCAGAGAAACACCUAUGUCCACGAAACGUAA